AUGACGUCUUUUGGCAGACUUCAGGCUGCGCUAGCUUCCGCGACAAAUGAGUUGACGAUUGCAGCAGCCAACAUUAAUUUCGAUUUUACGUUGGUCAAAUGCGAAGCGCCCAAAGAGUUCCAGCCUCUCGGUAGCACUCUAUCUAAAAAACGGAAAGAAAAUGCUGAAGGUGGGACAGCACAUAUAACAGCUCGAAGACUUGGUGUCCUUUUCGAAGGCAUACUUCCACCGACACCCAACCUUGUUAAAUCAUAUGGGACUCGGGUGUCUGAAAUCGCUCAAUCUGUUGGACAGGGAGGCUCAUCUAACGUAGAAGAGAGCCUAUUUGCGGCCCAUGUUGGUGCAGAUGGCACUUCUAUCUGGGCUGCAGCAACAUCUUCUCCAACGGCAUUGCAUGUCCAGCUUCUGGCAUGUAUGCUGGGUCGUCUCUGGACCGCUUCCGAAGCAACAUCAAUAUGGGUCGAGCUUGUCAAAGAAAGAAGGAAACAAAUUGAAGUAAAGUGGAACGAUGAAGAGCCUCUUCCAUUUUCUACGGUUGCUGCUGCUGCUCAGUCAGACAUAUCUCGUGCUAGUCUCGCUGAGUGGGAUGCAAGUGUUCGCGCUUGGCUCCGGACAGCAGACCGGUUCAACAAACAGCGCCAAGAUAAGCUAAUGGACCUUCUUGACAAGGUCAAUUUGCCGAUCAAUCAUGACACGGUCUACUCAAGUGUCAUGGCAGCGUGGAAAUCAGCCGUUGAGACUAUGGAAAAUAUUAUCAAGGGAAUGCCUCAGGCGGUCAAUGAUGGCUCAUGCCUCCUCGCCCUAAGCGCAUGGCAUUUGUAUCCUGACAUCACUGUCGGAGAAUCGGAUACUCUGCCUCUGCAGUUCUCAGAUCCGCUUAUCCAGUCUGGUGGGUUCCUGACCCUGGGGCUCGUCCGUCCACGCAACGGCUAUGCUCAUGGCGUUUUUUGGUCCUUGUCACUGGCACAUUUGAACUUCUACGGGCGUCCAGUCCCCAGGAAGGCCAGGUUUGACACCGAUUCUCGUAAAAUUUCAUUUGACCAGUUUACACAAGCGGUAUAUGGUGCUCUCUUGGCCCAUUGGGGUCUCCAGGGACCACUGGCAGAACAUCCGUCUCGUAUCAUUGUUGCAAUGAGAAAGACGAUAGAACGGCAGGGUUCUAAUGACCUACUUAACAAGGGUUACGAUGAAGAUUGCCUAAGAGGGCUGCGAGAUCCCUCUUUCCCUCUCAAUAUUCUGUCGAAAGUAGCCGCAGCCUACUUAGAUGCACAGCAUUUCCCAAGCGAUAUUAUUCAUAAGCUCAUGGCUCUUGGGGGCAGACGUUCGUCCAAAUUCAUACCAUCCAGAGGGCUGAGAUCAUUUCUCGGACUUGGUGAAGUCGGAGACCUUUUGAGUAAACUGAAAGGCCCAAUGGAAAGGGUGGCUCUUCUUCGUCGGAUCGCUUGCUCCUGUAGCUAUGAUCCUGAUGCUUACAUUAUUCGUUACUUCGAUAAGUUUUACCACCCAAGAUUUAUUUCAGAAGAACCUAUGUAUUGUGGUUUCGCCAGCGCACAGCCCCGCCGCAGCCUUGAUGGCCUAACCUCAACACACGGUCAAUGGGUCCCCAGGUCAUAUAUCGAGAAAUAUUCAUACCCUGGAGAGGUCGUCACAGAAAUGGACGCCUCGGACUCCUCUCAUCUGUCUUCACCUUCUCCAAUCAUCACAAUGACAGCCAUGAGUCCAAAUGGAGAGGAAGUCAUGCAGGAAUUCCAUUUGGUGUGCGGGUCAGAACGUAGUGCCGCAAUAUUCAUGCAGAGAAACACGACUUCAAAUGCAACACUUCACUCAGCGAUAAGACCAUUGAUGAUACAAGAUAUCGAAUGGUGCUUAGAGUCUGAUUUCUUCGCUACAGACACGUUGAUUGAUCUUCUUUGUGCCGACCAGACACCUUCGAGCUUCACUCUAAGAGCGCUAAGUAUAGCACACAAGUUUUAUCGAACACUACCAGAUGCGGCCAUCUCUACUCGCUCUUUAGAGUCACCUUUGUAUGACGCCAAGUGGGCCAAGUCCCUCAUAGAUUCAGAGCCUUACCAAAACCUUGUCAAGUUCGACGCCCUGCGUCGACCAAUUGAGUACAAUCUCAGCAACUCACUAUCAUGUGUGUCAUAUCUAGAAGGUGGCUUUGACUUGGAGCCGGAAAGUCUGGAGCGUCUCACGUGCGACCCUUGGGAUUCUCCUCAUGCUCAUGAACUUAAAAGAUUCACGGGUAACGUUGGGCGAUCUGGUCUCACGCUUCUCAUCCCACCCAAAACAUCGAUGGUCAUGGAACGAGAGGAAAUGUCUUGGCGACUGAUGUCUUCUUCAGAAUUUGAUGGAAAGUCCCUGAAUGCUUUCUCUAAAACAUCGAUGCACCUCUCUUUCACUAACUAUCAUGUUCCUCUUAUCCAAUCUGACGAUGUCCAAGAGCAAAGCAGCCAAGUCUUCUUGCUAGAAUCCGUUGUAUCUGUAUAUGACGCGGGACAUUGGAUUGGAGACGUUGACGUGUUAAAGUGUCUCACCAGCCCCUUUAUUAUUUACAUGUCAGAUAGUGGCUGCCAUGGAAGCCAUAUAAAUCACAGUUUUGCAGGUGUUUUAUCACUAGAAACAUGGGAUGAAGUUCUGGAUCCGCCUAUAAGCGAUUGUGUCGUUCGAGCUCAAGGUUCUUGGCUAGCACGAUUAGCAAUCUUGACCAUCUUUGUUGAGGCUCGAGGAGAAGCUCGAGAAGCUCACGGAGAACUAGGUGGCACACGCAUGGCUGUUCGUUCGAACAAUACUUGCUGGGAAUGUGCUGGGCCGUCUUUGAAUUUAUCAGACAAAAAAGUAGAGGAAGAUAAUUAA